GCUGCAGACCGCUCGCCGAGCGCUUCGUAGGGCUCCGGGUGCUGCGAGCCGACGCCAGAAAGCCUGAAAAGCCAUCAUGGCAGCGAAGCCCAAGCUCCACUAUCCUAAUGGAAGAGGCCGGAUGGAAUCCGUAAGAUGGGUUUUAGCUGCCGCUGGAGUCGAGUUUGAUGAAGAAUUCUUAGAAGCUAAAGAACAGUUGCAGAAGUUGCAGAAGUUGCAGGAUGGUAACCACCUGCUGUUCCAACAAGUGCCCAUGGUUGAAAUUGAUGGAAUGAAGUUGGUGCAGACCCGAAGCAUCCUCCACUACAUAGCGGAUAAACACCACCUCUUUGGCAGGGACCUCAAGGAGAGAACCCUGAUUGACAUGUACGUGGAGGGGACGCUAGAUCUGCUGGAACUGAUUAUCAUGCAUCCUUUUCUAAAACCAGAUGAUCAACAAAAGGAAGUGGUUAACAUGGCCCAGAAGGCUAUAAUUAGAUACUUUCCUGUGUUUGAAAAGGUUUUAAGGGAUCAUGGGCAAAGGUUUCUCGUUGGUAACCAGCUGAGCCUUGCGGACAUUAUUCUACUCCAAACCAUUUUGGCUCUAGAAGAGAAAAUCCCCAAUAUCCUGUCUGCAUUUCCUCACCUCCAGGAGUUUACAGUGAAAAUAAGUAAUAUCGCUACAAUUAAGAAAUUCCUUGAACCUGGCAGCAAGAAGAAGCCUCCUCCGGAUGACAUCUACGUGAGAACUGUCUACAAUAUCUUUAUGCCAUAAACAUCACAUACAUCUGAGUGAGAGCUAGCCCCUAGAGAUUGCAGUUCCACAGUAGCAUCUUAAUUGAUGCCAGGCUGCCCUGAUCCCAGCUCUGUCAUGGUGCUAUGUAUAACUGUUCCUCAGUUGGGUCUUUCA